AGACUUUUUUUAGUUAUUCGCUUACGCACAAAAGAGAUUAUUAUCUUUCAAACACAUCUCAAAUUCUUGUAAUAUCUGAAAUCAGGUUUUGCUUCAUUUUCCUUUGCUUUCUCGACAACCAAACGGACUGCAUAGAAGUUUCUAGGCGAUCAAAGCAAAGAUAAAAGCGAUGUCAAAUGUAACGGUAUGCUGUCGCUUCAGGCCUUUGAGCUCAAAGGAGAAAAGAGAUGAUGGCGAUAGCGUUUGCAUUCGCAGUCUGGACACUGAAACCUUCAUUUUCAAGGACGAAAAGGAAGAAGAGUCUACCUUUAGCUUUGAUAGAGUGUUUUAUAAAGAAUCUGUGCAAUCUGAUGUCUAUCAAUUUUUAGCUCUGCCUAUUAUUCAAGCAGGUGCUGUUAACGCAAUAAAUGGGACAAUCAUCACUUACGGACAGACAGGAGCCGGGAAGACAUAUAGUAUGGAGGGACCUAACAUCCUAGAACGUGAUGAGUUGACAAAAGGAUUACUUCCAAGAGUAGUAGAUGGGCUAUUUCAAUGUACGAAAUCUGUUGAUGGUUCAGACAAGCACUCAAUAAAGUUGUCAAUGGUGGAAAUCUAUAUGGAGAAAGUCAGGGAUCUUCUGGAUUUAGCAAAGGACAAUAUAUUGAUUAAGGAGAGUAAAGUGCAAGGAAUAAUACUAUCUGGAGUAACAGAGAUUUCUGUUUCAGACCCAGCAGAAGCUUUACAAUGCUUAUCUAGUGGGAUAGUUAACAGAGCAGUUGGAGAGACUCAAAUGAAUAUGUCCAGCAGUAGAAGCCAUUGUAUUUACAUUUUCACAGUUCAGCGAGAACUGACUGAGACGAGGGCCAAAACUGGAAAAGUAGUUCUUGUGGACUUAGCAGGGUCAGAGAAGGUAGAAAAAACUGGAGCUGAAGGGAAAGUUCUUGAAGAAGCAAAGACUAUCAACAAAUCUUUGUCUGCCCUGGGAAAUGUAAUAAAUGCUCUGACAUGUGGUUCGCCAACCAAAGCAAGCCACAUCCCUUAUCGUGAUUCCAAGCUUACUCGGAUUCUCCAAGAUGCUCUGUUUCUCAUCUUACAGGGAGGGAACUCUAGGACUGUAUUGCUGUGUUGUUGUUCACCGAGUACUUCAAAUGCGACAGAAACUCUAUCCACCCUUCGCUUUGGUACAAGGGCAAAGCAUAUAAAGGCAUCACCUUUUGUCAAUCGCAUUGAAGAUAAACUUGCCAAGCAGCACGGGGCUGUUGUUCCCUCUAAAGAUGAGUCAUGUGAAAGAAUUCUUAAUAGGUUGAGGGAGAGACUGGAUGUAGAAGAUGUGGAGUUUCUCGAGGAUCUAUUCAGACUGGAAGGAAUAUUAUUUGAUCCUAAUUCAGUUGAUGAUUUGGAAUCUGCCUGUGAAGAUAUUUCUCUACGAACAAUUUCCUCAUUGCAGCAAGCCUUGGAAGAGCUUGUAUUUUCCAUUGAGGAGCUUCAAAGUGAGAACAAGGCUCUUAAAUCCAGAAUAGCAGCUGCUAAAAAGUCAAAUGAUGAGCACAAGGAGACAAUAGAAAAUGCAAGUGUCAUGAGAAAGAUCUUGGACAUUCUAAGCUCCUCUAUGUUAUGGGUCAGAUCAUUUCCCCUUCCUAAAAUGCUCAAAUGAGAUAGCUUGCACAGUUGUGAGGGGUUGCCAUUCAUCACAAGAAUUAGAAGUAGAUACUGCGUCUAGUUUACAGUGUCAACAUGACCAUAUUGUAAAUCUAGAUGUUAAAUAAAUAUUUCAAUUCCAUCUGAAAUUCAAGGGGGUUUAGGCAUCUCUCAGAUUCUAUGGCGUAUUUUUAUGAGCAGCGAACCUUCCGAGCUUUUUUUUUUUUUUUAACAAUUUCAGUACAAAAUGUUUUGAUUCGUGUUCUAUUGCUUGUUUGAUGACAAACUGUAUAUAUUAAUAUUAGUUCAUGUUUUACCAUUUCCA